GAUGCUCCGCGGGCUGACCUGUUGCCUAGUGCUCUCGCUGGCCGCCUCCGCUGCCGCCUCCACCACCCUCGAGGAGCUCGCCGGCUACGCACCAUGCCUCCGCGCCCCCAGCCCCUGGCCUUGCAUCAAGGAGAAGGCUCUCGCCCUCUUCGACAAGGUCUUGCUGACAGACAAGGUGGAGAUGGCGAACGGGCUUGUAGUUGAGAGGAACCCUGAAGAAAGGUCAUUCCACUUUGACGCCUCCGACGAGCUCAACAUGCCUGAGGAGACGUCAGCGAGGGAAAGACGCUUGGACGAGUUGCUCCUCAAGAGAGUGGUCACUUUCUUCCAGACCAGAAGCGUCACUUUCAACCCCGAGCAAUUCACUGAUGGUCGGCUCUUUAAGAAAAAGAUUAAAAAAUUCGUCAUUCCGCUGCUGCUGAUCAAACUGGGACUGAGUCUGAUGGCGACUAAGGCGCUGGUGAUCGGAAAAAUCGCGCUCGCGCUUACCAUCUUCGUGAUGAUCCGCGACUUUAUUGAAGAGCGCAAAGAGAAGCAGCACGAGACGUUCGAGGUGUAUGCAAAGCACCCAAGCGAUGACGAUUACCAUCGUUAUGACGCGUCCAGCCCCGUCCAAGCGACGGUCAGCGGCUUUUACCCCUCAAAUAAGGGACGUCUUUUUCAGGACGCACAUGACGCCGCCUACCACGCACAGAGGCCGACUACAUCGUCAUGAGACUGCAGCUGCCAUUUUCAUGCUUCAAUUAUAUUUAUUUCUUAAUUUAUUUGUGAAUAAAAGAGAAUGAGUGGAUCAAAAGUCAUGCUCCAUUUUAAUAACUGCAACCCUUUGUACUCUUUUUGGAUAAUUCAUUGAUUUUUUAAUUUAUUGGAUUUGAAAGUUUUAAGCCCAUGUGCUGACAUUAUUGGGAUUUACUGUUUUGCUGCUAGAGUGUGUCCCGUAUUAUAUAAUUGUAUGAUAAUGCACCACUGUGCUUUAAUUGCUAUUUUGAAAUCUUUUUAUUGAAUGUAUUUUAUUGUAUUUGACUAGAGAAAGAAUA